CGUAAAUCAAAUCAAAUCAAAAUCCAGAAGAAGAGAUGAGCAGGUCUCGCGUGGAUGCGAUGCUGUCCCGUGUUGGUUACGGUGCACCCGCACGAGACCUCGGCUCUGCUCCACUCCUCCGCCACCUUCUUCUUCAUUCUGUGCGCGUACUUCGUCUUGCUUCCUCUUCGCGACGAAGGAGCAAUCUCUCUCGGCCUAUCGAAUCUCCCGAGCUUAUUCAUAGGCUCUCUGCUUCUGACCUCCAUCGCUGCUCCGCUCGCGACUCUCUUCUUCUCUUUGCCGAGUGUCCCCAAAAGCAAGGUUUUUUAGUGUGUCACUUGUUGUGUUCUUCAUUCUUUGGCAUACUUCGUCGGCCGGAUAUUCGCAGUCACAGUUGGAGGUGUGAGGGUGUGGCGGCCGCUGUGGCCGCUGCGGCAGUUGAUGAACAAAAGGGUGAUGGUAAUCGAGCUAGUAGUGUAGAUGUCACUAAAUGGGAGCACCUUGAUUGGUUCUAUGUUUCUGUUCGAAUUGGAAUGUUUCUUUGGGUUUACAAUUUCGUCAACUUGGGCUAGAGUAAUCGAUGUUAUGGACAGUGAGUCAGGUUCCAGAUUAUUUGGAUUUAUUGGUGCUGGAGCCACACUUGGACAGCUUUGUGGGUCAUUGUUUGCCACUGGAAUGGCCUUCUUGGGGCCAUUUUUACUGCUGUUUUCUGCUUUGUUGAUGGAGUUUGCUGCACAGUCAUCAAAAGGGAUAACUCAAGAUCUGCCCCAUCUCCCUGAGGAACUAGCACCCAUCAGGACCAGUAAACUGGGUUCUGGGACCAUGUUUCAUGCUAAAACUAAGCAUACUCUGCAGACAAGACCAAGAAUUCUCUCUGCUACAAUUUUAAAUGCUAAACCUGAUCAGCAGAAUGAGUCUGACGGGCAAACCAUUAAAAAUAUUAAAGGAAAUUCUCCCGAGUCGGCUACUCCGGUGGUGAAGCCUCAGCUUUGGGUCAUCUUAGAUGGAUUUCGCCUUAUAUUGUCAUCAUCUUACUUAUUGUAUGUGUCCUUUUUCCUUUGGCUGAGUGCGGUUGUGUCUUCAUUCUUUUAUUUUCAGAAAGUGAGUGUCAUUGCCUUGACUGUCACUAGUUCUGUUGGAAGAAGAAAAUUGCUUGCCCAGAUAAACAGCUUUAUUGCUAUUUUUAUCCUUGCAGGGCAACUUACCAUAACGGGGCAUUCUCUCACUGUUGUGGGAGUCACUACAGCUAUUUGUUCUGCUCCAGUUGUUGCCUUCUCGAAUUUGGUUGCAACUGCCAUUUGGCCAACUUGGGUAGCCAUUGCUAUUUCUGAGACCCUUCGGAAGUUCGUGACUUAUGUUGUAGCCAGGCCCGGUAGAGAACUCCUAUUUACUGUUGUCUCACAGGAUGAAAAGUACAAAGCAAAGGUUUGCAUUGAUGUGUUUGUUCAAAGACUGGGAGAUGCUACAGCAGCAGGAAUGUACAAGCUACUUUUCAGCACUCUUAAUGGGAGAGCAUCAACUGUGUCUCUCUACGGCCUGCCUGUCUGUUUGUUGUGGAUAGUGAUUGCAUUUCAUUUGGGGCGCCGUCAAGCUGAACUUGCCAGGCUUCAGACUCACUCCGCUUCAUAAUGCUGCCUUAGUUUCUUACUGGCCGUGCUUACAGUAUGCGACCUUUAGGGAUUUACAAGCAGUUUUGUUAGCUCCUGUAGAGGUGACAGAAAGGGCAGCACGGAAUGCUGUUGUAGCACAUACUAUAUAGUAAAUAUUCAAAUAACAUAUAAUGUAUGAUACGCUGUUAAUAUUCAGAACCCAAUUGCAUGAGUACACCAGCAACAAGAAGUGCUUCCAGAAUCAUAUAAAAUGUCUACCUUACGAAUUUC